AUGGAUUUGAGUAGCUUGGCCAAAUUGCAGACGGAGGGGGUCAAUCCCCGGACAACGUACAUUGACCGCAUGUCGACGCUGGAGAUGUGCAGUGUCAUCAAUGACGAUGAUCACAGAGUGGCGGAAAGCGUCAAACCCUGCCUGCCCGUGAUUGCUGCGGCGAUUGACGCCCUGGCACCGCGUGUGCGUCGAGGUGGGCGAGUGGUGUAUGUUGGGGCGGGAACCAGCGGGAGACUGGGAAUCUUGGAUGCCUCAGAGAUUCCGCCGACUUUUGCUGCUCCGCGCUCCCAGUUCAUUGGCUUAAUUGCUGGCGGUGAUGCCGCCAUCCGUCAAGCGCAAGAGGGCGCCGAGGAUAACGAGCAAGCCGGUGAAGACGACCUACAGCGCUUGGAGCUGAACCCUGAGCUCGAUAGUGUGAUCGGUAUUGCUAGUUCAGGCCGAACGCCCUAUGUCCUCGGAUGUCUUGCUUUCGCCAAACGACAAGGCUGCGUCACGAUAGGCAUUGUUUGUGUAUCACCCUCAGCAAUCGGCCGCUCGGGCAAUGUGGACUACCUGAUUGCUCCUGUCCCAGGGCCAGAGGUUGUGACUGGCAGCACAAGACUCAAGUCGGGCACCGCGACGAAGUUGGUUCUGAACAUGCUGAGCACAGGGACCAUGAUUCGAGUCGGGAAGACCUACGGCAAUAUGAUGGUUGAUAUGGUGGCAUCAAAUCUCAAACUGGAGCAGCGAUCACGGAACAUGCUGCGCCGCCUCAGCACGAAGUGCAGCUCCCUGUCCGACUCGGAGCUAGAUGCUCUUCUUGCGCAAUCCAAUGGCAGUGUUAAGCUUGCCAUACUGGUUGCUGAAACAGGGAAAUCGGCGAAGGACUGCCAGCAGCACUUGGACUCGGCCGGAGGAGUGCUGGCCAGCGCAUUUGAAGGAGCAUCUGCGCCUGCACAACCUCUCUGUCCACCAGCUGCGAUUGCCAGGCGGUUUAUGCUGUGCAUCGAUGGUGGCGGCACGAAAUGCGCCGCAGCUGUAACUGAUCACACUGGAGUUGUGCGUCAUGGCUACGCUGGCCCAUGCAAUCUGACUGAUGGCAUUGGGAAUGUGCAGGGAGUAGUGGAUACUUUGAUUGAGUCCACCAAGAAUGCACUGAAAGAGCACCUGCCAAGUGGCACUGAACCAGGCGAAACAGGAUGGAAGCAAUACCUGAAGACUUGCUUCCGGUCUGUCUGGGUUGGAGUUGCUGGCUUGGAUCGUGCUGGUUUGCACAAAGAACUGGCUCCGCAGCUGGCAGCGGUCUUUGGCCUCGACCAUACUGCAGCCGACUUUCAGCUGACUAGUGACGUGGACCUCCUGCCGGCAUCGGUGUCUGUAGACAAAAACCAGUCGUCUGUGAUUGUUCUGAUUGCGGGUACUGGGAGCGUGGCCAUGCGCUAUGCUUGGACGGAAGAUCGGGGUUAUAUUCGUGUAGCCCGCUCGGGCGGGUGGGGCCACAUGCUGGGCGACGAAGGUAGCGGAUACUCCAUCGGAGUGGAAGCCAUCAAGCACACGCUGCUCGUUCUGGAAGAGCAGAUGCUCGACCUUCGCUCAGACGGUCCUGGUGAGUUCGAGCAUGCGGUGAUCAGCCAGCUUGGGUGUACAGCCUCGGACAGCGGCCGCAUCGACCUUCUGAGCGGUAUUUUGUCGGGGCAUCACCCACAGACCACUAAGACUCGCAUCGCUGGCGUGGCUGAGACCGUGUUGAAGUUGGCAGCGCACAACAGCACGGCUAAGGUGGUUGUGGAGGAACAAACGGCGCAUCUGAUUACCAAGACACUGGGUCGUUUGACUGACUCCAAGUGCAGAGGUUAUGCUCCCCCCGAGGAGACCGAGUUGGUGUUAGCCGGUGGGCUGAUGAAAAAUGAAGAAUAUCAACAAGCUUUGAAGAAGCAGCUGGACCAGCGAGGGUUGCGGUUCCGCGGGAUUCGUGCCGUGGACGACGUUGCUGCGGUGGGGGCCAAGUUCCUGAUGCUGGCAAGAUGGAAAGAAGAAGAGAGCGAAAUGUAG